UGUCUGCCAUUUAGAGUCACCAGCUCAUGUCAGGAAUGUCCGUCCCUGCCUGCACACAGAUCAUGUACUGGAUGCGCCCACUUUAUUUUUAACCCUGCAGGGUGGGUCAGUCGCUGGCUUUCGGGAAUGAUCGUGGAGCGCGCGGCGCCUGCAGCCCCUCUCCCUCGUCCCCCGUACCCUCCUCGCGCUGUGGAGACCAACGUCCGCACUGACCAGGACCCCGCUGUUUCAAUGGGAUUAUAAUUGUUUUAUUGGCAGGGCGAAGCUUCAACAUAAGCACUCCAGGACAGAAGAACUUCAAGAAACAAGACCACAGGCCUCCCUCUCCUCAGUUCAGUUGCUGCUGCUGCUGCUGCUACAGUUUCACACGCUGCCACAACAAAGAUCCAGGCAUUCAGGGAUGCCUUGGAUGCUGCCAUAGAAUCUGUGUCUGUGGAUGGUGAGAGCCUGGAAGACCUCCUCCACUGUUCAAGGUCCAUCCUGCCGUUUCAUCCCCUCCGCUCAUUUCCCUAAACACCCCGGACCACCUGAGGACGCCUGCUGCCGUCCCCUUGCCCACUUGCCAAGCUGGCUACCGCCAUGACUUCCACCACAGACUUUGACAAUGCGGAGAUCACGCAGCAGUACAGCCACAUCAACACCCGCUUCGACCUCUCAGACGAGGAGCUCGACAAUGACAACAGCUCAGCCCGGCUGUUUGAACGCUCGCGCAUCAAGGCCCUCGCAGAUGAGCGUGAGGCGGUUCAGAAGAAGACCUUCACUAAAUGGGUCAACUCCAUCCUGUCCCGGGUCGGCUGCCGUAUUUCCGACCUCUACCUGGACCUGCGAGACGGACGCAUGCUCAUCAAAUUGCUGGAGGUGUUGUCCGGAGAACGACUGCCAAAACCCACCAAAGGCCGAAUGCGUAUCCACUGUUUGGAGAAUGUGGACAAGGCGCUUCAGUUCCUCAAAGAGCAGAGGGUCCACCUGGAGAACAUGGGCUCCCAUGACAUUGUCGACGGCAAUCAUCGCCUCAUCCUCGGCCUCAUUUGGACUAUCAUUCUUCGCUUCCAGAUCCAGGACAUCAUCGUGGAAACGGGCCAGGCGGACCAGAAGGAAACGCGCUCAGCCAAGGACGCUCUUCUUCUGUGGUGUCAGAUGAAAACGGCGGGGUAUCCCAAUGUGAACAUCACAAACUUCACCACCAGCUGGAAAGAUGGCAUGGCUUUCAAUGCUCUCAUACACAAACACAGGCCUGAUCUGGUGGACUACGGCCAACUGAGGAGGUCCAACCCGACACACAACCUCCAGAACGCAUUUAACGUAGCAGAGCAGAAACUUGGUGUAACCAAACUGUUAGACCCUGAAGAUGUGUUCACAGAGAACCCUGAUGAGAAAUCAAUCAUCACAUAUGUUGUGGCGUUUUACCACUACUUCUCAAAGAUGAAGCAGCUGGCUGUCGAGGGGAAAAGAGUUGGAAAAGUUCUGGAUCAGGCAAUUGAGACAGAGAAGAUGAUCGAUAAGUAUGAGACACUGGCGUCAGAUCUGCUGACGUGGAUUGAGCAGACAAUCAUCGUACUGAAUAAUCGAAAACUGGCCAACUCUUUGAGUGGAGUUCAGCAGCAGCUUCAGGCCUUCAACACCUACCGCACUGUAGAGAAGCCGCCCAAGUUUCAAGAGAAGGGAAACCUUGAGGUGCUGCUGUUUACCAUCCAAAGUCGUAUGAGGGCCAACAACCAGAGGGUCUACACGCCUAAAGAGGGAGCUCUGGUCGCAGAUAUCAACAGGGCAUGGGAGCGUCUGGAGAGGGCGGAGCACGAGCGGGAGCGAGUCCUGAGAGACGAGCUGAUCAGACAGGAGAAGCUUGAGCAGAUGGCAAGGAGAUUCGACAGGAAGGCGGCCAUGAGAGAGACAUGGCUCCAGGAGAACCAGAGACUAGUUGCUCAGGAUAACUUUGGUUACGACCUGCCAGCUGUGGAAGCAGCAAAGAAGAAGCAUGAUGCCAUCGAGACAGACAUCGCUGCGUACGAAGAGCGUGUUCAGGCUUUGGUGAACAUCUCACAGGAGCUGGAGUCUGAGCGAUACCAUGACGCCAAACGCAUCGACGUGAGGAAAGACAACAUCCUGCGCCUGUGGGAUUACUUGCAGGAGCUUCUUAAGGCCCGCAGGGGGCGACUGGAUAAGAACCUGACCCUGCAGAGGAUCUUCCAGGAGAUGCUGUACAUCAUCAGCUGGAUGGAUGACAUGAAGGCCCGGCUCAUGUCUCCUGACUUUGGCAAACAUUUGUUGGAAGUGGAAGACUUGUUACAGAAACAUGCUCUGUUAGAGAACGACAUCGCUCUGCAGAAAGAGAGGGUUCAGAAUGCAAGUGCUGCUGCUCUCAAGUUUGCCAAUGGAGACACCUACAAGCCAUGUGAUCCUCAGGUGAUCCGUGACAGAGUCCAGCAUCUUGACUUGUGCUACAAAGAGCUUUGUGCACUUGCAGCCCAGCGAAGAGCUCGCUUGGAGCAGUCCCGCCGCUUCUGGAACUUCCUGUGGGAGGUGGCUGAGUUGGAGAGUUGGAUUAGGGAAAAGGAGCACAUCUUCUCCUCUCUUGACUACGGCAAGGACCUGACAAGUGUGCUGGUGCUCCAGAGCAAACACAGCGCCUUCGAGGAUGAGCUCGGGGCUCGCCGCGCCAACCUGGAACAGGUGCUGACUGAAGGAGAUAAGAUGAUCAAGGCCAAGCACUUUGGCUCCCCAAAGGUUCAACAGUGCAUGGAUGACAUCGGGAGGCAGUGGCAGCAGCUGGAAGAGCUGGCUGCGUUCAGGAAGCAGAACCUCCAGGACACACAGAGGUUUUUCCAGUUUCAGGGAGAUGCUGAUGAGCUCAAAGCCUGGCUGUUGGACGCCAAGAGACAGAUGAGCAGCGACGACGUGGGCCACGAUGAGUACACCACCCAGAGGCUGCUGAAGAAGCACAACAACCUGAAAAAUGAAGCAAUAAAGAAUGGGGCCACAAUAGAAGCUUUAUCAAAACAGGCCAACGCACUGCCAGAGGAGCUGCAGAACACCCCUGACAUCCAGAGACGUCUGAAGGACGUCAAAGACCUGUACAUGGAGCUCCUGUCUCUGGCCGACCUGAGGCAGAAGAAACUGGAUGACGCUAUGGCUCUGUACACCAUCUUCAGUGAGACGGAUGCCUGUGAGCUCUGGAUGGGCCAGAAGGAGACGUGGUUGGUGGGUUUGGAUGUGCCUGAGAAGCUGGAGGACCUGGAAGUAGUACAGAAUAGGUUGAGUAUACUUGCUCAAGAUAUGGCAAAUGUUCAGUCAAGAGUCGAUGAUGUCAAUAAAGCCGUAAAACAGCUGGAGGACAGCAGACAUCCUCGUACCAAGGAGGUCAAAGAAUGUCAGACACGACUGAAUAAAAGAUGGGAGGCCUUCAAAGCCAUGGUUGAAGAAAAGAAGAGGAAAAUAGAUUCUGCUCUGAGUCUGCAUAAUUAUGGGCUGGAGUGUGACGAGACAGAAGCCUGGAUCAAAGAUAAGACUCGGGUGAUUGAAUCUACACAGGACCUGGGCAAUGACCUGGCUGCGGUCAUGACCAUCCAGCGGAAACUGUUUGGCAUGGAGAGAGAUUUAGCCGCCAUCGACACCAAGCUCACCUUCCUGAGGAAAGAGGCUGACCAGCUAGCUAAGGACCACCCAGAGAACGCAGACGACAUCCUUGCCCGCAGAAAGGACCUGGACGCAGCCUGGGACACUCUUAGAAAGACCCUGAAAGACCAAGAAGACUCUUUGGGUGAGGUGAGCAAGUUGCAGACCUUCCUGCAGGACAUGGACGACUUCCAGUCCUGGCUUUUCAAGACACAGAAGGCUGUAGCAUCAGAGGAGAUGCCUGCAACACUGCCAGAGGCCGAGGAGCAGCUCAGCCUUCACGAUGCUGUGCAGGAAGACAUAAACAACCAUGAGGAGGACUAUCACCGCGUAAGGGACACCGGUGCUCAAGUCAUACAGGGUCAGGAGGAUGAUCCUCAGUACCAACAGCUGGAACAGAGGCUGAAGGGGCUGGACCGCGGCUGGUAUGAGCUGCAGAAGAUGUGGGACAGCCGGAAGAGUUUCCUGGAGCAGGGUCUGGGCUUCCAGCAGUUCAUGAGGGACAGCAAGGCCGUAAAUGCAAUCCUCAACAACCAGGAGUACACUCUAGCCCACAUAGACAAGCCUGACACUUUGGCCGGGGCAGAGAAAGCUUUGAAGAAGCAUGAGGACUUUGUGAGCACCAUGGAGGCCAAUGAGGACAAGAUCGAUGGCGCCCUGCAGAGCGGACAGCGGCUGGUGGACAGCAACAACCUGUACUCCGGGAAGGUUCAGGAGAAGAUGGACUCAAUCCAAGACAGGCGUAACAAGAAUAAAAGAAGAGCCCAGGAGGUGUCAGAGAAGCUGAGAGACAACCGAGACCUGCAACAGUUCCUGCAAAAUGCUCAGGAUCUCACUCUGUGGAUCAACGAGAAGAUGCUGACAGCUCAGGACACGUCGUACGACGAGGCCAGGAACCUCCACAGCAAAUGGCUGAAACAUCAGGCCUUCAUGGCGGAGCUGGCUGCUAACAGAGACUGGCUCAACAAACUUGACAAGGAGGGUCAGGAGCUCAUGGAUUCAAAGCCUGAGUUUGAACCCAUUGUGAAGGAGCGUCUGGCCAAACUCCACGAGCUGUGGGAAAAACUGGAGUCCACAACCCAGGAGAAAGCCCGGCUGCUGUUUGACGCCAACCGCUCUGAACUUUUUGACCAGAGUCUGGCUGAUAUGAAGAAGUGGCUCGCAGAGCUGCAGCAGCAGCUCCAGAGCGGGGAUGAGGAUGUGAAAGAUCUGACGAAUGCCAACAUCCAGCUCAAGAAGCAUCAGAUGACAGAGAACCAGGUGCGUGACCGUGCUCAGGAGCUGGAGGAGCUCCAGGAGGCCGUCAGGAAGCACGGCGGAGGCAGGGAUGACCAGCCAGAGUUGGAGGCCGAAACGCAGGUCCUGCAGGGAGACUUCCAGCAGCUCCUCACACCGCUUGCGCAGCGCAAGGGAAAACUGGAGGCUGCGAAAGCUGUCCAUCAGUUCUACAGAGACCUCGCUGAUGAGCUGCUGUGGAUUGAGGAGAGGAUGCCCCUGGCAAUGUCACAAGAGCAUGGUCACAAUCUCCAGACCGUGCAGAUGCUGCAGAAGAAGAACCAGACGCUGCAGAGGGAAAUCGAGGGUCACCAGCCUCGUGUUGAUGAGGUGCUAGAGCGAGGGCAGAGGAUGGCUGCAGCCGCGGGGGCUGAGGGCAGACCAGAGGCUGAGCGGAUCUCAGACCAGGUUAAAGAGCUGGAGGAGGCGUGGGCCCGGCUCCAGGAUGAGAUGGCUAAACGCAGGGAAAGGCUUAAUGGCUCUAACCUAGCCCAGCAGUACUUCAAUGAUGCAGAUGAGGCCGAAGCCUGGAUCGGAGAGCAGGAGCUUUACAUGAUUGCUGAUGAAAAAGCCAAGGAUGAGCAGAGUGCCAUGCUGAUGCUGAAGCGCCACAUGAUUCUGAAGCAGGCAGUGGAUGACUACGCUGACUCUAUUCAGAAGCUGGCUGACCGUGCCCAAAAGCUCUUUUCUGAGGAUCAUCCUGAUGGUGAGGAGAUCAUCAGGCGGCAGGGACAGGUGGAUAAGCAGUACGCUGGGCUGAAGGAGCUGGCCGAGGACCGCAGGAAGAAGCUGGACCACACCUACCACCACUUCCUCCUGAGUCGAGAGGUGGAGGACUUGGAGCACUGGAUCGCAGAGAAAGACGUGGUGGCCUCGUCUCAGGAGAUGGGCCAGGACCUCGACCACGUCACGCUUCUAAGGGAUAAAUUCAGAGAGUUUGCACGGGAGACGGGGAUGGUUGGUCAGGAGCGUGUGGAUCUUGUGAACCAGACGAUUGACGAGCUGAUCGAAGCCGGCCACACCGAGGCGGCCACCAUGGCAGAGUGGAAGGACAGCAUCAACGAGAGCUGGGCUGAUCUGCUGGAGCUCAUCGACACCCGGGCUCAACUCCUCACAACGUCUUAUGAGCUGCUCAAGUACUUUGAUGAUGGGAAAGAGCUGGUGGCUCAGAUCCAGGAGAAGCAGAAAGAGCUGCCUGAUGAUGUGGGAGAGGACUUCAGCAAAGCCGAGUCCUUCCACAGAAUGCACGCUGCCUUUGAGAGAGACAUCAGCGCUCUAGGCAAACAGGUUCAACAGUUCCAGGAGACAGCUGCUCGACUUCAUGCUCAGUACGCAGGAGGACAAGCAGAGAGAAUUCAUGCCACAGAGCGAGAGGUGACGGAGGCCUGGAAGGGCCUGCUGGACGCCUGUGACGGCCGCAGGGCGCAACUGGUGGACACAGCCGAGAAGUUCCGUUUCUUUACGAUGGUGAGAGACCUGAUGGCCUGGAUGGAGAGCAUCAUCCAGCAGAUAGAGACUCAGGAGAAACCCAGGGAUGUCUCGUCUGUGGAGCUCCUGCAGAAAUACCACCAGGGGAUCCGUGCAGAGAUUGAGGCCAGGGGAGCCAAAUUCACUGACUGCAUAGACCUCGGCAAGACCCUGCUGACACGAAAGCACCGAGACUCUGCUGAGAUCAAGGAGAAGCUGGCGCAGCUGAUGGAGAAAAGGAAGGAGAUGAUGUUUAAGUGGGAUGACAGAUGGGACUGGCUCAGACUCUUGCUGGAGGUGUGUCAGUUUGCUCGGGAUGCCUCAGUGGCCGAGGCCUGGCUCAUCGCUCAGGAGCCCUACGUGACCAGUAAAGACCUCGGCUACACCGUAGACGAGGUCGAGAAACUUCUCAAGAGACACGAGGCCUUUGAGAAAUCCACCGCCACAUGGGAGGAGCGCUUCUGUGCUCUGGAGCGCCUCACUACACUGGAGCUGCUGGAGCUGAGGAAACAGCAGCAGGAGAUGGAGCAGUUCAUUAAAGAGGAGCAACGCUCAGAAAGGGACAGCAGGAGAGAAGACACAGGCUUUGUAGAAGAAUCCUCACAACUUUACACCAUAGAGGAGCAGACUCUGUCUGGUUCCGCGCCAGUCGAGCCCACUUCGGGUGUGCAGGAGGGGACAGCCGGCGAAUCCACGGUCCCCGGAGUGUCAGAGAUAAGAGAGAGCGGUUCUUUGGAGCUGGAUCCCUCCGUGUCUGCGGUGACACCCAAAGAGCAAGAGAGGGCGGCCACCAUGCCCACGGAGCCUGUCAAAGCCCAGACUGUGCUGCAGGAGGGCAUGCUGGGACGCAAACAUGACGUGGCGGGAUCAGGGAAGAAAGCUUCAAACAGGUCGUGGAACAACCUGUACUGCGUGCUGAGGCCUGGUGCCCUCUCAGCCUAUAAGGACGCCAAGAACUUUGGACACGGGGUGACGUAUCACGGCGAGGACCCGCUGUCCCUGAGCAAUGCAAGCUGGGAGGUUUUGACCAACUAUAAGAAGAAGAAGCACGUCGCUAAACUACACCUCAAAGACGGCAGUGAAUAUUUGUUCCAGUGUAAAGACGAGGAGGAGCUUCAGCGUUGGACCCAGGCCAUGGAGAAGGCCAUUCAACCCCUGGCAGCAGAUGAGGAGGAGGCAUCGGGGCCCUCGGGGGCCAAAGCCCACAGCCUGCCCGCUCCCUCCUCCUCUUCCUCCCCAGCCGCCCCCCCUGAGCCCAGCUCUGCCAAGAAAGACAAGGAGAAGAAGUUCAGUCGUUUCGCCAAGAAGAAGUAAAAGGAGAAGCCUUGGCAGUCAGGAAAGAGAAAGUAGUGUACAAUCAGUCAAAGUGAGCUUUUUAUCACUAGAGUUUUUAUAUUAUUUUGCGAGAAUUGACAUAAGUAUGGUAGUUUAGGCUAAAGCUGUCACUCUUUGCCUGUAUUUAAGCCUGUUUGAUUGCAGAGGUCCACGUUUUUCUUUGUGUUCUUUUUAACAAACGCCAAAUUCAAAGUAUUGAAUUAAAGCACAGGAAUGCUCUUUUCACACUCAACCAAAGAAUGUUUGUACAACUUUUCUUUUAUUCAUUUUGCUGCAGGUUUAUUUCGUCAGUAUGGCAUGCUUUGUUGUAGCUUUAUACUAUACGACGGCCUGUAAUGAACGAAGGUCGACUCCAGAGUACUGAGGAGUACUUUUAUUAAUUUGCCUUAUCCAAUGGUUGUGAACUGUAAUACUGUGCUGUUUGAAUUUGGAGCACUAAACGCUACUCGUAGAGCAAGAGUGAGUUUAACAGGCUUUAAAAAGCUUUGUAAAUGCAUCGUAAAAACCUAAACGCGCAGUGCUGUACGGUGCACACACAAACACAAACACACACCAAGUGUAAUUGCAGGCAUGCAAACUAAAUGCUCUAUGCACUGUGAAGGGUUUGACUGUUGAGAUUUUUAACCGCUACCUGACGACAAACAAGCCGUCGUGAGACGCCACCAACGGUCAGUUUGGAAUAAAAAUCUUCCCAGACUUUAUUUUAAACUGAACUGUGACAGGAGUUGUUUUUGUCAACUUGAAAUUUAUUCAACACUUAUAUAUCAAAACCUAGAUUUCAUAACUAUUCAUUAACAUAUAGACAUAUACAGUUUAUAUAUCUACAGAUGCAUGAAGUAUGUUUUACCUUUCUUUGAUAUGGUGCUAUUGUGAUUUUCUCAAAAUUUCAAUCAAGACCAACUUGAUCUGCUGUGUUUGACAUCAACUUUGGCUUUAUGACUAUAAACAUGAAAAAUUAAAGGGAUGUUUCAUAAAAAUAAUGACUUAACUGUUGGAAGAACAAAGAGCAAAUCAAUGCUUAAAGAGUAAAUUAGCAAGAUUUAAGUGAUGGACAGCUGCGCUGUGGUGCACUGGUAAGGAAUCUAGUCUGUGAAAUGUGCAGGUUCUUCCAUGUGCAUGCGUGGGUUCUCCCAAGGUUUCCUCCCACAGUCCAAAAACACGGUCAUUAAACUGAUGGUGACACUAAGUUGCCCGUAGGUGUGAGUAUGAGCAUGAUUGACAGCCCUGUGAUAGACUGAAGUCCCACCCAGUGGCAGCUGGGAUCGACUGGCUCCAUUACACUGGAUAAGCAGUGUGAUGAAGAAAAUUAGGUGCUUCUAAAAUAUAUAUUUUAUCAUGCAAAAGUUAGAUUUUGUUUACUUCAGAAAUUUGAUGAUUAUAGCGAACUAAAAUAAAAAAAAUCCACUAUCUCAAAAUGUUUGAACAUUAUGGAAAAGUCUUAAUUAUUCUUAAUUUCACUCUGGCUCAGUCCACACAACCACAGUCAUGGGGAGGACUACUGACUUGACAAAUGUCCAGCAAACAUUCAUCGACACCCUCCAUAUGGAGGGUAAGCCACUGAAGGUCAUUGGUGAAAGGACAGUCAGCACAAACUAGAAUAGAGCUUUGCAAAGUGGAUUUGUCUGAUGACAGAGCCCAGAUAGCAAAAUGUGACUGGUCCAGACACGGUAGUUGUAGUCCAAUUGUUGGUCCAUUUGAUCCGCCCGAGUGCCUUUUGGGCAUAAUCUGGUGUUGAGUCAUAUAACAGCUCCAUAACAGUUUUGGAUCAGAUUAGGUCCAGAUAAAUGGAGAUAAAACCAAUUUAAUUUUUGUCCCAAAUCUGCCAGAUUUCAGUCAGAUCUGGAACAAAUUGAGCCGGCUUUGAGCUGGAUUUGGGACCAGUUGGGCCAGCUUUGAGCCAGAUCUACGCCAGCUGGCUUUGCUAUAUCUCUGAUAGAGGAGACAUUUGACCCUGAUCUGGUCAAGCCUGUGCAGGCUUUGAUCCGGGCCGAAAUGCGCCAACUUUGACCUGGAUUUGGGAUGAAUUGUGCCAGCAUUUAGCCAGAUCUGGUCUGGAUUGUGCCAGCUUUGAGCUGUUGUGAUUACUAGGUGAAACCGGUGAGUUGAGGCUGGGUCCAGCUCAGGGUCAGCUGCUAUCUGGGACAUGGAGUCUGGCCAGUCUAUCUGCUUUGCAGGAUUUUCAUGAAGAAACAGCUUUAAUCUCAGUCUGUUUCAAAAGCAGUGAAAAUUCACAGGAGCAUUAACAAAGAAGGCUUGACUUGCCUGAUUUAAGGGGUUUAUAAUUUUAUGAAACAUCCGUCUCAGCUCAAACUAUUUCUUCUAACCAGAAAUGUUAUUUUACAGCAGAAUUAGAAACCCUGGAUGUUUAUUUCCAAAGCCAAAGUUUAAGACAAACGGUGGGUCAGAUAAAUCUUGACUACUUUUCCAGACUCCACAGCAGGACCAGGCAUGAUCUUUGUGUAAGACCAGGAUCACAGAGUAGCAGUUUGGAGCUGAGGGAACGCGUCUUUACUAUGAAUGUAAAUGGAGAAAAGAAGAAGCGAGAAUCGGGUACACAUAGGAGUUUAAACAACAAAAGCCAUAAAAGAAUGAAAGAAGAUAAAGCAGUAUACAUAUACAGGGAAGUGUGUACAUAAAAAGGAACUGCAUUUAUACAUCGUCACAUGGAAAGUUGCUCACACACACAUAGAAUCUCCCACUGCCGUCUUGCCUUGAACUGUGGGCUCCGUCCAACUCAAGUGACCUCAAUGAACUGAAAGAAGUCAGGUGUAGAAAGAUAAAUGAGAUUGUUCAGCUCAAGAGGAGAAAUGGUAGCAUGAUGAUCUCUUUAUUUAAAUUCACAAGACGAACUAUCAAGAAAUAGAGAUUUUUUUCUAGAGAAUUAUCACGUCUGUGCCACUUCUAAUACUCUUCAAUUUUUUUCUGUUGUAAAUGCACCUCCAAAUGUUUUAAAAACUUGCCUCACAUGUAUUCAGUCUUGUUUUCCUCGGUCACUAUCUGCAGUAAUUCUUGAACACUUCUUACUCCAUCACUUUCAUCCACUUUGUCAUUUCCUCCACUCCUUCCUACCUGCCGUUUCUGUUCAGUGGUUUUUAAUCUGCAUUUUGUACUCUCUAGCUAUGUAAAAUAUACAAAAAAUGUUGACAAGAAAUAUCAAAUACAUUUUGGGAGAAUAAACUUUAAAAUAAACUCUUUAAUCUGA